CCCCAUUGGACUGAUGUAGUGAGCCGGAAUCACAAAAGCCACAGCGCUCAUGUGCUAUGGUGCCACAGAGGGACGGCGCCCUGACACCUAAACCAGGACGCGUAAUGUAGAUAGAAAGAGUCGCAUCUAUAAAAAUAGGGAUUUUGCGAAAUACUGCAACAAACUUUCUCUUUUGAAUAAUUGAUUUCCCACGAUUUUUUCACUCUUACAUCAGAAAGCAAUGGGUACUUUGAGCAUGGAAAACCUCUCCUCUGAACAGGUUUGUGGGCUGUAAGUGCAACAUUGAGAAUACCUUUGAUUGGCUGGGAGAUGGCAGAUAUACUCGAGCUGCGGACAGAUGGAAACUCUCUCCUGAAGGCGGUAUGGCUCAGGCGCUUGCGACUAACUAGGCUCCUGUUGGAAGGAGGUGCAUACAUCAACGAGAGCAAUGAACGUGGAGAGACGCCCCUCAUGGUGGCCUGCAUGUCCACACACAGUGACCAGCAGAGUGUGAGCAAGUCAAAGCUUCUGAAAUAUCUGCUGGACAACCAGGCAGACCCCAACAUACAGGACAAAGCUGGCAGGACGGCUCUAAUGCACGCCUGCAUCAACAAAGCCGGGCAUGAGGUGGUGGACCACCUGCUGAGCAAUGGAGCUGAUCCCAGUCUGGAGGACAGGAGCAAGGCCUCAGCACUGGUCUAUGCUAUCAACGCAGGUGACAAGGCAACACUAAAGCUGCUCUUGGAUGCAUGCAAAGCUAAAGGCAAGGAAGUCAUCAUAAUCACCACGGACAAAUCCCCGUCUGGCACUCAAACUACCAAGCAGUACCUAAAUGUCCCCCCAUCACCAGAGCUGGAUGAGAGGUCCUCCCUAGAGUACUGCACCUCUCCGUCUGACAUUAAUGUCACUGCAUCUCCCACACCUGAGCAGGAGCAACAAAACACAGUCUUCAGUUUCCAAACCAAGUUAAAAACCUCUAGUUCUGCUUCAAAGCUAGCCAACGGGCCCACGUCUCCAACACGCCGGACUGCAAAUCCCAAGCGUGCACGUUUGCCUCAGCUGAAGAGGCUGCAGUCAGAGCCUUGGGGGCUGAUCGCUCCCUCAGUCCUGGCCGCAGCAGCCGCCGCCCAAGAUGAGAGCAAGAAAGCCAGCACUGAUGAGGAUGUUGUCGCAGGGGUGAACGGACUCUCUCUUAGUAAGAGGUCAGUUUUAUCUCGACAGAGCAGUGUGGAUGGGAAGGACAGCUUGUUCCCGCUGGUGGGCGAACAACCCUGCAAAAUGACAACCUCGAUAUCAGUUCCUCCAACGUCCAAAGUAUCAUAUGAGAGAUCUGUAGGCCAGCACCAGCUGCUGGCCCGGCGCAGUACUGUGCCCACAGAGGAGAGCAGCAGCUGCAGCAGCAGUCUGAGAGACACAAUGCAUAUAAGACAUCUGGGGAACGACCACUAUGACUCAGACUCACAGCUCUACUCAGGCUCUGCCAUGUUAGACUCUCCGAAGAUCCCAGGGGAUCGAAGGAAACUAAACACUUCUCCACUAGCGAUUCUGACCAGCUCCAGGGAAUCUCUAGAGAGCAACACCAGCCCGUCUUCCCCCAGCGCAGCACGCGGGAGGGUACCUGGCUUCCUGGAGAGGAGAGGCUCAGGCACUCUACUGCUGGACCACAUCUCUCACACCAGGCCCGGACAACUGCCCCCUCUCAACAUCAACCCCAACCCUCCCAUUCCUGACAUUGGGGCGAGUAGCAAGCCCUCCUCUCCUCUGGCCACAGGGAUUAGAUCUAUAGCUCCAGUAGCACCAAACACACCAAAGAGAGGCGGCCUCAAGUCCAAGAAGAAACUUGUGAGGAGGCACUCUAUGCAAGUGGAGCAGAUGAAGCAACUUUCUGAUUUUGAUGAGCAGGCUCAUUAGUUAGUAGUGGUGUUAAUGCAGCGCAUAUUGUUGUUGUAGAAAUGUGAACACCAUAAAUUGUCAGGAUGUACAUCCAUAUGUUCAGCUGUGUAGACUCACAGCCAUCUAGAUGUUGAAUAAUGUAUAAUUUAUUUAAUAUAUAUAUAUAUACAUAUACAUAUAUAUUGAAACUGAGCAAUAUAGAUAGACUUCCUCCCUGUGUUAAACCCAACCUGAAGGAUUAUUAUCUUUUGACACAGCAUCUGCUGUAUAUGUAUUACAGUUUUGAAUGUAAAUGCCAAGUAACGGUACUAUUCCUCUGAACUAGCUCUCUUACAGAAUAAUGUACUGCGUAGGGAACAUACAGGGUCCACUUGUAGCCAGCAGGCCACAUGGGUGCAAAUUGUGCAUAUGUAAUUAGCACCAUUAAUGGGCUUUCUUUUUAAAAGAAAAUUGUGAUGCACUUGUCUGAGAUGUAGCUUUGAGUAAGAUGAAAUGUGACUGUUUGUAG